GUAGUCGGCCUUCGGCGAAAAGCUGACGAGUUACAAAUAUCCUCGGGGUGUGAUAACAAUACCAUCCUAUAGUAUACUGCCUCUCGUGUGGCUCCCACCCAAACGGGAUACAUACCCCACGAUGGCGAUAUCUGGGGUGUGAUUGCGCAAUUACAUUGCACCUCAUUGGACAACCCAUUUGUGCAAUUCCAUGAUGAGAGUAGAAUAGGAGAAAGGCCUUUCAAUAUAAUUACAAGCUGAUUGACACUCUUUCGGAGUCCGUCAUGUCCAAAGUUAUCAUCUCUGAUUAACAAACUAUUUGCAAUCGUACACCAUGGCCCUUUCGGCAACUGAGACCGCUACGCAAGUGGUGGAUAGCGUCAAGGGAAAGGUUACUCCGGCGGUCGAGAAGCCUGCCAAGACGUCUGCUGCAGUGGGUGCCACGGAACUGCAUGGAGAGCCUAGACUGGAGACAAACCAUAGGGACCCUCUGCAGCUGAGGGGUGUCCUCGAUCAAUACGAGCAGUUCGAUGUCACUCCAGUCAUUGGACGAGAGUUCGUUGGUGUCGACCUUGCAGAAUGGCUACGUGCACCGAACUCGGAUGAGUUGAUUCGUGAACUUGCGAUCACCAUUUCGCGUAGAGGCGUGGUUUUCUUUCGCAAGCAGGAUAACAUCACCAACGAGCUGCAGAAGGAGCUAGUACAAAGACUUGGGCAGCUCACUGGCAAACCCGAGUCGUCAGGCCUCCAUAUCCACCCCGUUGCAAACUCGGGGCGAGACCACGGAGGCAAUGACGAUGAAAUCAGUGUCAUCUCCUCGGCGCAGGCCAAGCAGAUAUACAGCACAAUCCUCCAGAAGACGCAGAGCCAGCGGAAGCAGUGGCACUCAGACAUCACGUUUGAGCCAGUCCCAAGCGAUUACGCAUUACUACGUCUCACUCAACUCCCGAAGACGGGAGGAGAUACACUCUGGGCGUCGGGCUACGAAGUCUACGACCGUAUCUCCAAGCCCCUUCAGGGCUUCCUCGACUCCCUCACGGCUUAUUAUGCCCAGCCGGGCUUUAACGAAAGCGCCGAGAGGAACGGCUUCAAGCUGUACUCUGGCCCUCGAGGGUCCCCUGAAAACAUAGGAGAAGAGCUCGAAGCGAACCACCCAGUCAUCCGCACCAACCCUGUCACGGGCUGGAAAAGCGUUUUUGCUGUGGGCAGCCAUGUCCAGAAGAUUAACGGGCUGACCGAGGAGGAGUCGCGCCACUUCCUUGACUGGUUUGUGCAGUUAAUCACCGAAAACCACGAUCUUCAGGUCCGCAACCGUUGGCAGAGUGUGAAUGACCUUGCCAUAUGGGACAAUAGGAGUGUCUACCAUGCUGCGACGCCCGACUACAUUGGGGAAGAAGGCCUGGGUGAGCGAAGUGGCUCCAGGGCCGUGAGCAUUGGCGAGAAGCCUUACUUUGAUCCAGCCAGUGUAAGUCGCAGGCAAGGACUUUCACAGAAGUAAAAAGAUUGUGAAUCAAGGCCCGGGCAACCAGAUCGGAUAGCCCAUCGUUGCGGAUAUCACAGUUGACUGAUGUCAUCGUGUUGAAGUCUAACAGGACGUAGAUUACGGUGGUGAAUCUCGUAACGAAGAGCGAUGGCCUUUGCAUCUAAUUAAUAAAGCCUA